AUGGACGAGUUAUCAGUGAUAGACAUAGUAUGCAUAGGUACACUUAUUGGAGCUGUUUUACUAGCUCUUUGUAUCCUUGUAUUAGGCCUGAGAAGAAAUUACUCCUCUACCAGAGCCACCCAUAGUCAAGACUCUUUGGGUUUGCAGGCAUUGGAGAAUUCCUCAAAUGAGGACUCUGAGGGCUUGGAGAGACAUGUAUUGGAGGCUCUGCCAGUGUUUGAGUACAAAUCACAUGAUGGGGACCAGUGUGCAGUCUGUCUUUCUGAAUUUGGAGGUACUGAAAGAGCAAAGCUAUUGCCCAACUGCAAUCACUACUUUCAUAAAGAUUGUAUAGAUAUAUGGUUUCGUUUGCACACUUCUUGCCCUGUUUGUAGAACCAGAGUGCAGCCCAAUUCAUCUUCAAGCUUUGUGGACAUGGAGAAAGUAAUUCAUCAUCAAAAAGAAUAUAGAUCUAUCAAUCGCCAUAACCCUUUCUUGAGCGAUCCAGAGUAUUCAAUGCAAAGCAGACGUUUACAGUUCUGUAGUGAUGAGGCUUAUGGAACAAAAGAUGUCAACAAUGGUUUUGUCACACGGUUUAUACGAUGCCCACCUGCAUUGAAGAUAUCUAAGGUCGUUUGUAUUGAGACACUCCAAGGUAGCGAUUAG